GUCUCCAUUUCUUUUCAAAUCCUUCUCAUAGGAUUCCAAGAUACUAGAAUGGGAAAACGACAAGAUUGGUCCUUGACUGCUUGGGUUUUCCUGUUCUUGUCUUUGGCAUCACAAAUCCAUUGUAGGAGCCAAACACAUUUUUCAAAACGUUUGGAGCGGUCGAAGCAAGGAGAUGGUUCGUCAGGUGAUACGAGCUUCAAUGUGCUUCGUCGCGUGCUUUCGCCAAAGGAGAAAGAUCUAAUCAAGAAGCUCCCCGGACAACCUUCCGGCGUUAGUUUCAGACAGUAUGGCGGUUAUGUGGCCGUAAACGAACCAGCCAGUCGGUUUUUGUACUAUUAUUUCGUGGAAGCCAUCAAACCCAAUAAAUCUACUCCUCUUGUGAUCUGGUUCAACGGAGGACCGGCCUGCUCAUCUCUAGGUGGGGCAUUUCUAGAGCUUGGUCCAUUCCGGGUACAUAGCGACGGCAAAAAGCUUUUCCGCAAUCCUUAUUCAUGGAACAACGAGGCAAACGUGUUGUUCUUAGAAUCGCCGGUAACGACAGGAUUCUCGUACUCGAGUACUCCAAUAAAUUUGGAGGAAUUCGGGGACCAAGGGGACAAGGUAACAGCAGAGGAUAACUACAUGUUCUUGGUGAAUUGGCUUGAAAGGUUUCCGGAAUACAAAGGAAGAGAGAUUUACAUCGCCGGUCAGAGUUACGCCGGCCACUAUGUCCCACAACUUGCCCAGAUCAUCCUUCACCGUAACAAGCAAACCUUCAUCAACCUACGAGGCAUUUUGAUCGGUAAUCCAUCACUUGCCUCAACGAUCCAGGAGGGAUUCAGCUACAAACUUAUGUUAAGUCAUGGUUUGAUGUCCCAACAAAUUUAUGACAAUUAUAACAAAUUCUGCAAGAGCGAGGACUCCUUUGAUAUGGCCGAGUGCACAAGGGCGUCACAAAAAGUAGGAGCUCAAAAACAACACUUGGACACUUACAACAUAUACGCUCCAGUGUGCCUAAACUCCACAUUGAGCAGCAAAUCCAAGAAAUGCACCACAGUAAUGGAAGUUGAUCCGUGCAGUAGCAACUACUUGAAGGCUUAUCUUAACAGAAAAAAGGUUCAACAAGCGAUACAUGCCAACACCACAAAAUUACCGUACGAGUGGACCUCUUGCAAUGACGAAUUGAGUGAGCUAUGGAACAUUAGUGAUAUGGCGGCCCCAAUGAUUCCUAUCCUUCACGAGCUGAUGGGUGAGAGUGUCCGAGUCAUGAUAUACAAUGGAGACGUGGACCUGGAGAUUACAUUUGCAUCUACAGUGGCCGUGCUGAAGUCGAUGAAUCUGACGGUUGUAAAGGAAUGGCGUCCGUGGUUUACCGGAGGACAGCUGGGAGGGUUCGCAGAGGAUUACAAAGGGAACUUAACCUUUGUAACUGUGAAAGGAUCAGGAUUCCAAGAUACUAGAAUGGGAAAACGACAAGAUUGGUCCGUGACUGCUUGGGUUUUCCUGUUCUUGUCUUUGGCAUCACAAAUCCAUUGUAGGAGCCAAACACAUUUUUCAAAACGUUUGGAGCGGUCGAAGCAAGGAGAUGGUUCGUCAGGUGAUACGAGCUUCAAUGUGCUUCGUCGCGUGCUCUCGCCAAAGGAGAAAGAUCUAAUCAAGAAGCUCCCCGGACAACCUUCCGGCGUUAGUUUCAGACAGUAUGGCGGUUAUGUGGCCGUAAACGAAACAACCGGUCGGUUUUUGUACUAUUAUUUCGUGGAAGCCAUCAAACCCAAUAAAUCUACUCCUCUUGUGAUCUGGUUCAACGGAGGACCGGCCUGCUCAUCUCUACUUGGGGCAUUUCAAGAGCUUGGUCCAUUCCGGGUACAUAGCGACGGCAAAACGCUUUUCCGCAAUCCUUAUUCAUGGAACAACGAGGCAAACGUGUUGUUUUUAGAAUCGCCGGUAACGACUGGAUUCUCGUACUCAAAUACUCCAAUUGAUUUGGAGGAAUUCGGGAACCAAGGGGACAAGGUAACAGCAGAGGAUAACUACAUGUUCUUGGUGAAUUGGCUUGAAAGGUUUCCGGAAUAUAAAGGAAGAGAGAUUUACAUCGCCGGUCAGAGUUACGCCGGCCACUAUGUUCCCCAACUUGCCCAGAUCAUCGUUCACCGUAACAAGCAAACCUUCAUCAACCUACAAGGCAUUUUGAUCGGUAAUCCAUCACUCGCCUCACUGAUCCAGGAGGGAUUCACCUACAAAUUUAUGUUAAGUCAUGGUUUGAUGUCCCAACAACAAAUGGACAAUUAUAACAAAUUCUGCAUGAGCGAGGACUUAUAUGAUAAUGACAAGUGCACAUUGCUGACACAAAAAUUCGUCUAUACAAAAAAGCACUUGGACACUUACAACAUAUACGCUCCUGUAUGCCUAAACUCCACAUUGAGCAGCAAAUCCAAGAAAUGCACCACAGUAAUGGAGGUUGAUCCGUGCAGUGGCGACUACAUGAAGGCUUAUCUUAACAGAAAAAAGGUUCAAAAAGCGAUACAUGCCAACACCACAAAAUUACCGUACGAGUGGACCUCUUGCCAUGACGCAUUGAGUGAGGUAUGGAGCACUGAUGUUAAAGAUGUCUCAAUGACACCUAUCCUUCACGAGCUUAUGGGUGAGGGUGUUCGAGUCAUGAUCCACAAUGGAGACGUGGACCUGGAGAUUCCAUUUGCAUCUACAGUGGCCGUGCUGAAGACAAUGAAUCUGACGGUUGUAAAGGAAUGGCGUCCGUGGUUUACCGGAGGACAGCUGGGAGGGUUCGCAGAGGAUUACAAAGGGAACUUAACCUUUGUAACUGUGAAAGGAGCAGCAUCACAAAUCAAUUGCACAAGCCAAACACAUGUUCUAAACCGUCUGAACCGCUCGAAGCGAGGGAUUGGUUCGUCGGUUGACACAAACCACUUAAAUGCGAUUCGUCGCUUAAGCGUGUCUUCGCCCCAAAACACAAGCGGUGUUAACCAACAAGAGCAAAAGGAGAGAGAUCUAAUCGAGAAUCUGCCCGGACAGCCUUCAGUUAGUUUUAGACAAUAUGGCGGUUAUGUGACCGUGAAUGAGUCAGCAGGUCGAUCCUUGUACUAUUAUUUCGUGGAAGCCACCGAAAACAAAAAGUCGUCACCCCUUGUUCUAUGGCUAAACGGAGUGGCGAAUAUAUUAUUCUUAGAAUCUCCAGCAGGAACGGGAUUCUCGUACACGAACACAACGACGGAUUUGGAGAAUCCCGGGGACAUGAAAGCAGCAGCUGAUAACUACAUCUUCUUGGUGAAAUGGCUGGAGAGGUUUCCGGAAUACAAAGGCAGAGAAUUUUACAUCGCUGGUGAGAGUUACGCCGGGCACUAUGUUCCACAACUCGCACAAACCAUCCUUGUCCAUAACAAGAACCAAACCUUCAUCAACCUACGUGGCAUUUUGAUUGGUAACCCGAGUCUGGACGACACCGCCGACACAAUGGGUGCGAAUGAGUUUUUGGUAAACCAUGCUUUACUCUCACAAGAAACUUUUCUUACCUUCGAGAAAAACUGCAAUAACCCUCCAACUGGCGAGGUUGAUUGCGUCGAGUUGAGUAUGAAAAUCCAGGACGACAAAGAAAAAAUAAACCUAUACAACAUAUUAACUCCUACGUGCCUAAACCCCACGUUGAAUAACCAAUCCAAAGAAUGCACAACGGUGAUGCAGUAUGAUGCGUGCGGAAUGCAGCACAUAGAUGCUUACUUUAACCAGGGCGAGGUUCAGCGUUCGAUGCAUGUCACAAAACGUCCGUACACGUGGAAGCUAUGUAAUGAAGCCCUCGGAUUUAAUUGGAGCCAGGUUGAUGCAUCUGAAUCGAUGCUACCUAUUCUCAAAGAGCUGAUGAAACAUGAGCAAAUGCGAGUUUGGGUGUACACUGGAGACACCGAUACCGUGAUUCCGAUAACGGUUACAAUGUACGCUCUGAAGAUGAUGAAUCUAACGGCUGUUACGGACUGGCUCCCGUGGUUUAGCGAAGGGCAAAUGGGUGGUUUCACAGAGGAAUACAAAGGCAAUUUUAGGUAUGCCACAGUGAAAGGAGCUGAGACCGGCGACGAAUCGUCGGCGAAGAAGAUGCGACGUAGAAUACCAGCGUCGAUCGAAUCUCUAGACGCCGAUAUACUAUGCAUCAUCUUCUCUUUUCUUAAUUUGUUUGACCUCGUUCACUGUACCGUCGUCUGCAAUUCCUGGCAUGCUGUCAUCAAAAAGCUGAAGCUGCUACAAGCUUCAUGCCGGAAGAUGCACCAUCUCGGUUCUGAUUUCCCCAGUAGUUCCACGUCAGCUGAGAUAGACGUGGACGAUUUUGCGAUGAAGCAUCACAAGAUGGCAUUGUUAAGGGGUCGAAUCGAAAUUGAGCGAUGGGAAGCUCAUUCACACCGGGUUUCUCAGUGUCGAAUGCAGAAGGGUUUGCUUCUUACUGGUGUUGGUGAUAAGAUUAUGCGCCUCUGGUCAUUAAAAAGCUACAAAUGCAUGGAAGAAUACUCACUUCCUGAUGCUGCUUCCUUGAUUGACUUCGAUUUUGAUGAGAGUAAGAUUGUUGGCUUGGUUGGUACCCGCAUUAGCAUAUGGAGGAGAAAUGGACAAAGAAGCAUUUUUCCAUCUCGUGAAGGCACCUUUCCUAAAGGCCUUUGUAUGCGUUACAUCGACCCAGAAGCUGUAGUUGGAUGUGAGGAUGGAACAGCUCGUGUAUUUGAUAUGUACAGUAAGACAUGUUCACAGAUCAUUAGGACUCAGGGUGGGCCAAUUACGUGCUUAUCUUUGAGUGAGAACCAAGUAUUUCUUAGUGGGUCUUCACUAGGGAGAGUAACAGUAUCUGACCCUUUGUUGGAUCAACCAGUGGCUACUCUUAAAUCCACAAUAACUGCUGGAGGUAUACAGACCAUCUGUUUUAACCAAGGCACUAAUCUUGCUUUCACUGGAACAACGGGUGGAUAUGUUUCAUGCUGGGACCUUAGGAAAAUGGGACGGUUGUGGGAAAAACGAGUGAGUCCUAAUGUCGUGUACUCAAUACAACAGCUGAGGAAUGACACAUCGGUAAUGGUAGCUGGUGGAAUAGACGGUGUGCUGCGAGUGAUUGAUCAGAAUAGUGGAAGAGUUUUAUCUAGAUUUAUAAUGGACGAUAAGGUCUCAACAACAUUGAGAAGGGACAACCAAGUGGUGAUAGAGAAAAGAAGAGGAAAAAGAGUUUCUCAAGAUAUGGAGAUGGAUAAAAUCGAAAGGAAAGUUCGGCCCCAAAUCAGUUGCUUAGCAAUGGGGAUGAAGAAGAUAGUAACAGCUCACAAUGGUAAAUGCAUAAGUGUAUGGAAGUUCAAUCUCUCGUAAAGUCGCAAGAAUUGGGAACAAUAGCAUUAUAAAUGAUGAUUUAAAGA